AUGGGAAAUGGGAAUAGAGAAGGCAUGAAGCACUACAUCUUUGUCAGACUUUGCUUCCCAAGUGUCAAGUUUGUCAGAAAGCCCACCUUCUUAGCGCACCAACAAGCACUCCACAUUUACGGUCGGGUCGCCUCCCUCAGUGACAGUCACCGUCCUUCCCUCUGCUUAACUUCCCACCGAACCCGCCCUUUGCGCCGCGGAGUCGACAAUGACUUUAGCAACCAUGAGACAGCGCGCGUCCUCGAUAUCAUCGCCGACAGAGGCGCAAUCAUUUCUAACCACGCCCCGAGCAGCACCGUCGCCGAGCCAGCAGCAGCAGCACCCGACCAGCUCACCCGACAACAACAACAGUCCGCCCAGCCUGAACUCAUCGACCUUGUCGUUGACGCACAAGACGAUGCCCGCUCCACUUCAUCCAGCAGCUCGCCAGCGCCCGGCGGUGACAAUGAGGAAUCCGAUUUCUUCCUCGGCGCAAAUGAUUCACAGUCUCUCGGCGUACCAAAUCUCCAGGACAUGCAGGUCAACGAUGAGGACUGCCUUCCGCCCAUCAACCGGCUGCCAAACGAGAUCUUGAUCGCCAUCUUUGCCAAGCUCAACAGUCUAUCUGAUGUCUUCCACGUCAUGUUGACAUGUAGGAGAUGGGCUCGCAAUGCGGUUGACAUUUUGUGGCAUCGUCCAUCGUGCACGACAUGGGACAAGCACGUUCAGAUUUUGCAACACUCUCAGCUCAGAGGCUCCGGCCUUUCCCUACAGGGGAGUUCAUCAAGCGCCUCAACCUUGCGUGUCUGCACGACACCUGAUGGCAGUGUUGUUCCUCUUGCCUCGUGCACCCGUGUCGAACGCCUCACCCUCACAAACUGCGGCAAGAUUACCGACACUGGCCUCAUCCCAUUGAUCACUAACAAUGAUCACUUGUUGGCACUUGAUGUUUUCCAACGACAGCCAAAUUACGGAGGCUUCGAUCUAUGCUAUUGCCCAGUACUGCAAGCGACUCCAGGGUCUCAACAUCAGUGGAUGCCACAAGGUCUCUCCAGAGAGCAUGAUUACUCUUGCCGAGAACUGCAGCUCAAAUUGAAUGACUGCCAACAACUGACCAACCAAGCCGUCCUUGCCUUUGCCGAGCACUGUCCCAACAUUCUCGAGAUUGAUCUCCACCAAUGCAAGUUGAUUGGCAACGAGCCUGUUACAGCACUUAUUGAGAAGGGACAGGCUCUCCGUGAACUUCGACUGGCCAACUGCGAGUUGAUUGACGACAAUGCUUUCUUAUCGUUGCCGAACAGGACGUUUGAGAACCUGCGCAUCCUGGAUCUGACAUCUUGUGACAAAUUGACGGAUCGGGCCGUGCAAAAGAUUGUGAAGUCGCGCCUCGACUCCGGAACCUGGUCUUUGCCAAGUGCCGCCAGCUCACAGACAAGCUCUGUAUGCCAUUGCUGGUCUGGGGAAGAACCUGCAUUUCCUCCAUUUGGGCCAUUGCCACGCAGAUCACGGACGAGGCCGUUAAAGCUUGUUGCCGAGUGCAAUCGCAUUCGCUAUAUUGAUCUUGGUUGCUGCACCCACCUGACGGACGACUCGGUGAUGAAGCUGGCCACCUUGCCCAAGUUGAAGAGGGUGGUCUCGUCAAAUAUUACAGAUGCAAGUGUUAUCGCUCUUGCGAAUGCCAACAGGCGAGCACGCUUACGAAAGGACGCGCAUGGAAAUGUCAUCCCCAACAGGUAUGUCAGCAUGAGGCCACAGCAGCUUGGAACGCGUUCAUCUGAGCUACUGCACAAAUCUUACUUUGAAGGGUUUACCCAACACCAACGCGAUGUCUUUUGCGUGUUCUCAGGUCAAGGCGUUGUCAACCUCCGCAAAUAUCUGAACCAGGAACAGACAUUUGCCGACCUUGGACUUGGAGAAUCAGCCGGCGGUGUUAGCAGGGCUGGCCGAGACACUCCAACCGGCGAGGUCAUUCAGGCCAACAAUGGCGAUGCCACCGACGAGACGGAGGUCGAUGUCGUGGACGACGACCGGAGGAUGACGAUAUGGCCGAUGCUGCUCCACCUAACCCAACCCAUCAACAACCACCGCCUCCCCGCCGCUCGCUCAACACUUCAUCCCCUUUUAACUAUUCGGUUCCGUUACAAAACGGUCACAUGGCACCCCAACAUCCUCAACUCUUCACCACGGCCUAUCAAUGACCCGACGUUUUUAAUCCGCCAGCGAGAAUGGACCGCGACGGACCUGGUAACCCUCAAGAUUCGGCUUAGGAGACCUUGUCUGGAGGAAGCACACCACACCGCGUUCGCAGCUCUUCUGCAGGAGACACGCCACGGGACGACCGCGGGACUUCUGAAGCAAUCACGCUACGCCGAAGUCGCAGCGUACGGGCCGUGCGUUGACGCCGUCUAA